AGUGCACAAAGACUGGAAUACUUCCAGAGUUAACUUGAGAAGAAACCAAGAUACGUCCGUUUCGUCCGGUUGAACAACUUCCAGUGGGUCAACGACCUAUGCCUGCGAGUUGAUAUUCUGGGAACGAUGCACAUAGUCAAUUCCUUCUCUGCCGACUUUGAGGACACGGUACCCUUUUGGCAAGAUCGUUCGGUAAGCAACGGGACAUGGGCGUGGCAUAGAUACGGAGACUUCGCCGAGGACAAUGUCACUCGCGCUUUCGACAGCAGUUUUAUCUUCUACGAUUGGAUGAAUGCAGCGUCAGAUUGUAUCGACGGACACCUGUCGACAUCAAACGGGCCCAAUAACAGCAUUACGACUCAGAUGCCGACCCAAUCCACAACAUUGCGUUCCUCGACGCUUCUGUCUACUACACCACGGUCCACAACGUCACAAUCCACACAACCUCUGUCAUCCACAGCAUUCCCAAAUACUGGAUCGAACGUAACAAUGCCAGCAACAUCUACAGCAAAACAGACAUCCGCAACAUCAACAUCCACAACACCGACAUCCACAACACCGAUAUCCACAACAUGACAUCCCCAACGCCGAUAUCCACAUCCACAACACCGGCAUUCACAACACCGACAUCCGCAACAUCGACAUCCACAACACCGAUAUCCACAAUAAUGACAUCCCCAACGCCGCAUCCACAUCCACAACACCGAAUCCACAACACCGACAUCCACAACACCGACAUCCGCAACAUCGACAUCCACAACACCGAU